AUGGCUGAAUCAUUGAACAUGAAACAUGGAAUCGGUCAAAUUCUCACUGAAAAAGAUAUUGAAAUAUUGAAAAAGUCGUCAAAUCUCAAUGAAGAAGAAAUCAGAAUAACACAUGCUGAAUUCUGGGAGGAGUUUCCAGAUGGAAAAAUGAGCAAGGAAGGAUUUAUCAAAUAUUAUCAACUGAUUUCAAACGAUGAUCAGAAACCAAAAGAAAAUGACGACAAUGCGUUUAGCGUAUUCGACGAAAAUCAUGAUGGUGUAAUUGAUUUUGCCGAAUUUUUAUUCAUGUUAGCAUGUGAUUAUAAUAGUGAAUUAGCAAGAAAAUACGGUCACAUGUUUGAAACGCGUAACACAUCGGGUAAUGGACAGAUGAAUAAAAAUGAAUUGAUUGUUUUUAUAACGAAUAUGUUAGCACUAUCUGGUCGAGAACAUCGACUCGCUGAUAAAGAUCCGGCAACAAUUGCCAGUAUAACAUUCAACUUGCUCGGAGCUGAAGAAAAUGAAACGGUGAACAAAGAGCAAUUUAUUAUUGGAUGCAUAAAAUAUCCGAUAUUGGUUGAUCUUUUCAAUGGUAAUUAA